AUUUUGACUAAUUGAUGCACAAAAGGAAGAGUAGAAUACAUUAUUCGUCUGCAAAAUUUCUUCAGUUAUUCUGCCAUUUGAGGGUAAGCUCUGAUAACACUAGUUCGUCUUCAUCUCUAAUUUCCUUGUUAAUGGGUUGCAAAUGGGAACGGAAGGUGAGCAAUUGACGGAGCAGGAAACUGCAAUCUAUGAUCGACAAAUUAGGGUUUGGGGCGUUGAUGCUCAGAGAAGGCUCAGCAAAUCCAAUGUGUUUGUGAGUGGGCUGAGAGGAACUAGUGUUGAGUUCUGCAAGAAUAUUGUUUUAGCUGGAGUAGGUAGUUUGACACUAAAUGAUGACCGGUUGGUGACCGAAGAUCUAUUAUUUGCUAAUUUCUUAACUCCUCCCGCUGAAAAUGAUUUCCGGGGGAAGUCUGUUGCUGAGCUUUGCUGUGAUUCUUUGAAGGAUUUCAAUCCUAUGGUUUCUGUUUCUGUAGAGAAAGGUGCUCUGUCCAUCUUCGAUGCUGAUUUCUUUCAGAAGUUUGAUGUUGUUGUUGUUAAUUGUUGCUCCCUUUUGACAAAAAAAUCAGUAAAUGCAAAAUGUCGCAAGUUGCCAAAGCGUGUAGCAUUUUACAGUGUAGAAUGCCGUGACUCCUGCGGUGAGAUAUUUGUUGAUUUACAGAACUACAGCUACUGUAAGAAAAAAAAUGAAGAGACAAUUGAAUGUAAAUUGCAUUAUCCAAGUUUUGAGGAAGCCAUUGCAGUCCCCUGGAGAUCUCUACCAAAGAGAAUGUCAAAGCUGUAUUAUGCAAUGAGAGUUAUAGAAAGGUUUGAAGAGCUUGAGGGACGAAAUCCUGGAGAAACUUCUGUUGAUGACCUUCCAAAUGUUCAGAAGUUGAGGAAGGAACUCUGCGAGGCACAUUCCUUAAAUGAAUCUCAGAUCCCAGAUUCUCUUCUGAGAAGAUUGAUAGCAAGUAUAAGUGAAUUUCCUCCUGUCUGUGCUAUCGUUGGAGGAAUUCUUGGACAGGAGGUAAUAAAAGCAAUAUCUGGCAAAGGUGAUCCUCUUAAGAACUUUUUCUUCUUUGACGCCAUGGAUGGUAAAGGGAUAAUAGAGGACAUAUCUAAUGGCAAGAGCUGAGGAUUGACCUGUGUGGUAAAAACUAUCUUUAAGAAAUGCUGACCUUGUUGGGUAUCUUUUUUUAGGACUAAUCACAACCUAAAUUAUCUGACAUCCCUUCAAAUUGUGUUCUGAUCAGCAAAAUUAUGAUAUUUCUUUUGACAUUUGGUACCUUCAGUAAAGUGCUCAUGUUGGGCUUGUAUUUUGAAACAUUCUAGGUAAUGUCUCAUUUUCAGUUGUCCCUGUUCUCUCCAGAUCUCUGGUCAUGCUAAAUUACUCUUCCCAUGCUUACCUUCCAUGGCUAGUAAUCAAUAGAACAGGUAAAUAAGUAAGUCGCCGCUUCGUGUCCCCAUACACAGUGAGGUGUUCUGAAAUGCAUGUUUUGUAAUGGAGAUGGAUCUACAGUGUAAUAUAUGAGUUCACGUGAUUCUA